CUCUGUUUGAAUAUAGCCUUUGGCUUUCUCUGUUUCUCUCUCUCAUUCACAUUUGCAAUCGGCAGUGUUCGCGGGUUCUCUGGGGGCAACACGCUUUUCUCUCAUCCUCAUUCUCCUUCACUUAAUUUACUCGCAACAUAUCCCAAACGCCUCUCUCUCAAACAACUGUCAGGAGCCUACGACGAACAAACAAGAGAAACAUAUGAACGAGGCAACCACCCUUCAAUCUUAGCUGUUCUAUCCCUUCUCUUUGUUUCUCUUUAGGGGGUAGAAUUUGGCCCAAAAACCAAGACAAGCAAUGUCUAGUUAUCAAGGUGUAAUUGUUUCUGAUCCUUGGCUUCAAAGCCAGUUCACUCAAGUCGAGCUCCGCACCCUCAAAUCAAAGUUUCUCUCUGUAAGGACUCAAAAUGGUCGUGUUACUGGGGGUGAUUUGCCACCGGUUUUUGCAAAGUUGAAGGCUUUCAGUGAAAUGUUCAAUGAGGAUGAGAUUAAGACUAUCUUGGGAGAGUCAAAUAAUGACAUGGGUGAAGAAAUUGAUUUUGAGGCCUUCUUACGGGCAUUUUUAGAUUUGCAAGGUCGUGCAACUGCAAAAUCAGGGGGUUCAAAAUCUUCAUUUCUCAAGGCAACAACAACCACUGUUCACCAUGCUAUUAAUGAAUCCGAGAAGGCCUCCUAUGUUGCCCAUAUUAACAGCUACCUGGCAGAAGAUAAAUUCUUGAAAAAUUUUCUUCCAAUUGAUCCAGCCACAAAUGCUUUAUUUGAUCUUGCUAAAAAUGGAGUUCUUCUUUGUAAGCUUAUCAAUGUAGCUGUUCCUGGGACCAUAGAUGAGCGAGCUAUUAACACAAAAAAAGUUCUUAAUCCCUGGGAGAGGAAUGAGAAUCACACUCUUUGCCUUAAUUCUGCAAAAGCUAUUGGUUGCACUGUGGUUAAUAUUGGCACGCAAGACCUUGUUGAAGGAAGACCCCAUCUUGUACUUGGAUUGAUUUCCCAAAUUAUAAAGAUUCAACUACUAGCAGAUCUCAAUCUGAAGAAAACUCCUCAACUUGUGGAAUUGGUGGAUGAUAGCAAUGAUGUGGAGGAGCUUUUGGGUUUACCACCUGAAAAGGUUUUGCUGAAAUGGAUGAAUUUUCAUCUGAAGAAAGUUGGAUAUGAAAAGCAGGUUACAAACUUCUCUUCAGAUUUGAAGGAUGGAGAGGCAUAUGCAUACCUGCUUAAUGCACUUGCCCCUGAACACAGUACCCCCUCAACUUUGGAUACAAAAGAUCCAACAGAAAGAGCAAACAUGGUUCUUCAGCAGGCAGAGAAGUUGGAUUGCAAAAGAUAUCUCACCCCUAAGGACAUUGUUGAGGGCUCACCAAAUCUCAAUCUAGCAUUUGUUGCACAAAUAUUCCAGCACAGGAAUGGUUUGACCACUGACAGCAAAAAGAUGUCCUUUGCUGAGAUGAUGACUGAUGAUGCACAAACUUCUCGUGAAGAGAGAUGCUUUCGACUGUGGAUUAACAGUCUUGGAGUUGCCAUGUAUGUCAACAAUCUUUUUGAAGAUGUUAGAAAUGGAUGGGUUCUGCUGGAGGUUUUAGACAAAAUUUCUCCUGGAUCAGUUAACUGGAAGCAUGCAAAUAAGCCUCCUAUAAAGAUGCCUUUUAAAAAGGUUGAGAAUUGCAAUCAAGUUAUAAAGAUUGGGAAAGAGUUAAACUUCUCACUUGUGAAUGUAGCUGGCAAUGAUGUUGUGCAAGGAAACAAGAAACUUAUAUUAGCAUUUUUGUGGCAACUCAUGAGGUUUUCUAUGCUUCAACUCCUGAAAAACUUGAGAUCUCACUCUCAAGGUAAAGAAAUUACAGAUGCUGACAUUCUGAACUGGGCUAACAAUAAAGUGAAGAAGGCAGGUAGAACCUCUCAAAUGGACAGCUUCAAGGAUAAAAAUCUUUCAAAUGGUAUAUUCUUCCUUGAGCUUCUUAGUGCAGUGGAACCAAGGGUGGUUAACUGGAGUCUUGUUACCAAGGGAGAAACUGAUGAAGAUAAGAAGUUGAAUGCAACCUAUAUAAUCAGUGUCGCACGGAAGCUUGGAUGCUCCAUUUUCUUGUUGCCCGAGGAUGUCAUAGAGGUAAACCAGAAAAUGAUGCUUACUUUGACUGCCAGCAUCAUGUACUGGAGCCUACAGCAGCAGGUAGCAGAGUCUGAAGAUGGUGAGGUUCCUGAUGAAUCCUGUGUGUCACCAAAGGAAGGUGAGAAUGAGACAGCUCUUGCUGGUGAAGUCUCCAGUUUGGCUAUUGACGAUUCAGUCUCAGAUACUGCUCUAUCCCCCCAUGUCAAAAAUGAGGAAAUUCCCAAAGAUAAUGGAAGCGAAGAACAAUCUCCAAAGAUUGAAGAAAAGGAUGGUAAUGAAUAAUCAGCAUAGGCAGCUUUGUAAUUCUUUUUGGUUUAUUAGAGAAGUGGAACUAAAAGAGGCCUUGUUCCUGCAUAUUGCUUUUCGUAGACCACAGGAGAAAAGGAAAUGGGACUGUAAAUUUACCUGCUGUUAGAAAUAUUCUUUGCAUUGAAUUGAUUAUUCUGAAUAAUGCAAGAGGAGAAGAAAGCAUUAUAACGACAGCCUUCUUUGUAUUAAUCUUGAUGACAAAUUUCAAUUGAAGCCGUGCUCCUUGUAUAGCGGUA